UUUACAGUGCGCUCCCAGCCCCGCUGCGUUUAUGCGACUGAAACAGUUAUGGCGAGUGGCAAAAAAAGCGUUCUUCUCUCAUCUUUAGCAGAUUAUGGAGAUGAUUCGGAGCCCGAUUCCGACCCAGAACCAGAAGAUUCAGGGGGGAAUGUAGGGGGCCUGGUCUACGGCUACGGGGACGACGACCUGAACCGGACGGAGAAUGUUGAAGACAAAGGAUCUGGAAACGAGGACAGCCGCGACAGCAACUCGGAUAUGGACGAAUCAGACGAGGGGAGGGACGCAGAUGAUGUGGAGGCAUCAGAAGCAGAGAAGAAGGACCCCAAUGAGCUUGUUGCGCUCUUCUCAGAGAAGGUGAGGAACAUGUCACCCGAUGAGAUCCGAAUCCCCCCUGAACCGGCGGGACGCUGCUCCAGUCAACUACAGGAGAAGAUCUACAAACUGUACGAGAGAAAAAUCCACGGAGACUUUGACACAAACAGCCACAUCCAGAAGAAAAAGGAAUUUAGAAACCCGAGUAUUUACGAGAAGCUUAUUCAGUUUUGUGGAAUCGAUGAACUGGGCACGAACUACCCAAAAGACAUGUUUGAUCCUCACGGCUGGUCUGAAGACUCCUACUACGAAGCUCUCGCCAAAGCCCAGAAAGUGGAGAUGGACAAGCUAGAGAAGGCCAAG